AUGAUGAAAUUUUUUAUUGUAUUUAUUAUUUUUCAUUUUGUUAAUAGUCAAGUUAAUGAAACUAAUAAUAAUGUCAUUAGAGUUGGUGCAUUUUUUUCUAAAAAAAUACAAAAAUAUAGAGAGUGGCAAAUUUAUCAAUCCACUGCUUAUGGAAUAAUGAAAGCUCUAGAUCAUGCUAUAAAUAUUAUGCCAAUCCUAAAAAGUAUUAAUUUUAUACUUAGGUGGGACUAUCCAGAAUGUAAUAUUCCAUUGGUAGCAGGAAAUACUUUUGAAUAUGUAGAUUCAGAUAAUGAUAGAAUUAAUACAAUUUUAGGUGUAUCAUGUACUGAAUCAGUUGAUGUUGUUACUAAUAUUGGUGCAUACUAUAAUGUUCCAAUAUAUAUAUGGUCAGUAUUUAAAAUGGUUGCUUCUGAAACAGAAAAUGUUGUUCAAGUAUCACCAAAUUACAUUGAUUUUGCUCGUUCAUUGGCAGAAAUUUUAAAAACAUUUAACUGGACAACAAUUAGUUUUAUUUUUCAAUCAACAAUAGAUGCUUUAGAAUCAUGUGAAUAUUUUUCAGAAAGUUUUUUAAAAAUUAUUGAAAAUGAUUAUCAAAAUUUAAAUUUAAUAUUAGUUAAAGAAUUACAAAGUAAUGAAACUUCAAUGUUUGAUUUACUUUCUUAUUAUAUAAAAGGAAAAUCUAGAAUUAUAAUUUUAUGUAUAAAUGAUUAUGUUACAUUAAGAAAAUUAUUAUUAAAUUUUUAUGAUAAUAAAAUGAAUAAUCCAGAGUAUGUUUUUAUCAAUGUUGAUGCUGAUAUGGAUUAUUAUAUUAAUGGUGAAAAUAUUAAUAUAUUUCUUGAUAGUGAUAUACUUCAAGAUGGUAGAGAUAAUGAUGCAUUACAAAUGGCUAAAUAUAUGUUUCAUUUUCAAUUCUCAAUGAGAGGCGGAUACUCUAAUGAACAUAAUCAUUUUAGAGAUAUAUCAAAUGAGAUGAUGAAAGAACCUCCUUUUAAUUGUACAACUGAAUGUGAGGGAUAUAAUCGUGGUGGAAGGUAUGCAGGAUAUCUUCAUGAUGCUGCUUUAGUUUUUUAUCUUUCAUUAGGCAAAAUUAUUACAAUUAAUGGUGAUAUAAAAAUUAUUAAUCAAUUAGCUAAAAAUUCAUCAAUUAUAACAAAAUAUUCUAUAGGAACAUAUGAUGGUUUAACAGGAAAAUUUACAAUAAAUGAUAAUUAUCAAAGAAGUUCUGAAUUUUCAUUUAGUACAUAUACAGAGAAUGGUGAAAAUAUUACAACAUGGAUAUAUGCUUUAUGUAGUAGUAAUAAAUCAAAUUUAUCAUUUACAUAUGAUGAUGCAACAACAACAAUAUGGAAAAAUAGAGAUGGUUUUCAACCAUUAAAUAUACCUAUAUGUGGAUAUCAAAAUAAUUUAUGUUCUAAAUCAUUUAUAACUACAAAUCCUGUAGCUUUUGGUUUCAUAAUACUUGGUGCAGUUAUUUUGGCAUGUGUAAUCAUUGGUUUUGUAAUCUCAUCAAUUUUUGUUAAAAAAAAUGAAGAAAAAAAACAAGAUGAAUUAUGGAAAGUACCAUAUUUAAAACUUGAGGAAUAUGAUAUAAAUUUAGAAAAAAAUAAUGAAUCAAAAAGAUCAAUUAACUCUACUAGUCAAGUACCACAACAUCAUAUUAAUUUUGAUUAUAAAAAAGGAAAAUAUAAACUUUAUACAUAUAAAGAGGAUGUUGUUGUUUGUUGUAAUUUUAAUACAUUAUAUGAAUUAACUAAAAAUGAUAUAAAACAUUUAAGAAUGCUUAGAAUUGUUGAUCAUGAAAAUUUAUGUAAAUUUAUAGGAUAUUCUGUUGAUUCCCCAAAUCCAAUGUGUUUUUAUAAAUAUUGUCAUAGAGGAAAUUUAAAAAAUGUAUUUUGUAAUGAGGGACAUGGAAUAAAAGUUGAUGGUUUUUUUAGUUAUUCUGUUAUUAUGGAUAUUAUUAAUGGAUUACAAUAUAUUCAUCAUAGUUUUAUAGGUGCACAUGGAUAUUUAUCAUCAUUAAAUUGUUUAAUUGAUGAAAGAUGGCAAGUUAAAAUAGCUGAUUAUGGUUUAUCAUUUAUAAGAAAAAUAGAUAAAAUUGAUGAUGAAGAUUUAGUAUGGGCACCACCAGAAAUUAUACGAAAUGAAUUAAAAAUUCCUAAUUCAUCAACAGAUAUAUAUUCUUUAUCAAUUAUAAUGGUUGAGGUAUUAAAUCAUAAAGGUGCAUAUGAUAAUUCAGAUAUUGAAGGAGGAGUUGAUAAAAUAAUUUAUUUAAUAAAAAAAAAGAAAAUAAUACGUCCUAAAAUAGAACCUAUAUUAGAAAAUGUGCCACCUGCUUUGAUAUUAUUAAUAAAUGAUAUGUGGAGUGAAAAUAUAGAUGAAAGACCAUCAAUUGAUAAAAUUAAAAGUUUAAUUAAAGAAAUGAAUCCUGGAAAGGCUAAAAAUUUAAUGGAUCAUCUAUUUUCAAUGUUAGAAAAUUAUACAACAAAAUUAGAAGAUGAAAUAAAUGAAAGAACAAAAGAGGUUGUUGAAGAAAAAAAGAAAGCAGAUUUAUUAUUAUCUAGAAUGUUACCACCACAAGUUUCUGAAAAAUUAAAAAGUGGACAAAUAGUACAACCAGAAUUAUUUGACUCUGUAACAAUAUUUUUUUGUGAUGUUGUGGCAUUUACAAUAUUAGCAAGUAAAUGUACACCACUGCAGGUAGUUAAUUUAUUAAAUAAUCUUUACACUGUAUUUGAUUCAAUUAUUAAUCAACAUGAUGUUUACAAGGUUGAAACAAUCGGUGACGGCUACCUUUGUGUUUCUGGGCUUCCAACUAGAAAUGGUUAUUUACAUUCUAAAGAAAUUGCUAAUUUAAGCCUUGAACUAAUUAAAUGUUUGGAUGGUUUUAAGAUUGAAUUUUUGCCAGAUGAAAAGAUACAAAUUCGUAUUGGAAUUAACUCAGGGCCAUGUGUUGCAGGAGUUGUUGGUUUAGCUAUGCCUAGAUAUUGUUUAUUUGGAGAUACUGUAAAUACCGCAAGUAGAAUGGAAAGUAAUAGUAAACCUAAUCAUAUUCAUAUGUCUGAGAGUGCACAUAAAAUAUUAGUUGAAAAAAUUGGUGGUUUUAUAACAGAACCAAGAGGAGAAGUUAUAAUAAAAGGAAAAGGUGUAAUGUCAACAUUUUGGUUAAUUGGUAAAAUUGAAGAAAAUUCUACUAUUCUUAAUAAUACUAUGUAUAAUAUUUAUAAAAGUAAUGUUAAAUAA